UUUAGACUACUUUUCAUAUCACCACCUAUAUUUCUACUCUUUGGCAUAAUUGUACAUAAGUCCAACUACAUGAAACUUGCAGUAUUCUACUGCAAUAAACUCGUGAAUUUGACAUGGUAAAGCACCAUGUGCAGAGGUUUGAAUUGUGAUAAGGCUUGUUGAUCUGUUGUGAUAACUACUUAAAUUGUGACUGUAGUCCAGUCAUGCAUCAUUGGAAAUAAUUGACCAGGUAUUAUGGAAAUGCUCUCAGUUAGUCCUGUAAAGAAAAAAGCUUUUAGUUAUUAGUUUAUUUUAGUAUCUUAUCAGCCGGGCGUGGUUUAAAUGCUCUCCGUUGUAACUUGUAUUCCGCAGGCAAUAGAAACGAGAGAAAUAUCAAAUGUAUCUGCCCAUAUAAUCUACAUGUGGUGUUAAUGAUAUUUUGGGAAAUUAGUUUUAUAUAUGAGGGAAAUAGUUUUUAUAUAGGAGGGGUUUAGGCAAUUAGUUCAACUAAAAUAAGGAAUUAGAUCGGCAUUAGUCGUUGACAGAAUUGCUAACUGAGUAGUACUCAAUAUCUCAAAUGAAUGAUAUUUUCUUAGCUGCCAAUUUUUUCGUCCUUGUUAUUUGUCAUUGUCAUAUAAGGCACUAAAUUCCAUGUUACUGUGACUAGGAUAGGCUUGGACCACUAAAGGAUGCCAUUGUAGUACACGACUCUUCCAUUAAUCAAGUGGUCCGGAGUGAAGAACAUCACAUCACGUAGAUGGGCCAGUAGCCGUUCUUGCUGGAAAUCAGGUGGAAGGGCGGCACCAUCAGCCUGAUUGUCCUUCUUUCUCGUGCGGUCUUCUUGGAAACAUAUCGUCUCCAUUUCGUCGGGCAAGUGAUCCACCUGGGUGCGGCUAUCGAUCUUACGAGCUGGUUUGCAGUGAUACCAAGGCUACGAUACGCAUCGGCGGUGCAACUUACUAUGUGUCUGGCAUCAACUACAGUAAUUCUUCCUUAUGGGUUGUCGAUGCCGACUUGGAUUUACACAACAGCUGCCCUCUACCUCGGUGGAAUCCUCCAUACCCACACAACAACAUGGAAGUCGAAUUGGACCCCCUUGUAGAUACUCGGGCUUGCUUUGUAAAAUGCUCUCAGGAAGUAAAGGGCACUGGUACGUACAUGCCUGUUGCUUGCCUAAGCACCAAUGAUUCUUUUGUUUACGUGUUAACUGGCCUCAGAUCUACAUACAUGGAAUACCUUCAACCUUCUUGUGGGUACUUGGCCGUGACUCCUCGACCUUGGGACAGUCCGACGCUAGAAAAUGCAAGUUAUGCAGAUGUUGUGAAAUCCAUGAGGACUGGAUUUGCUGUUAAGUUUCCUUUCAGGUAUACUAGGGAGACCAUCAAGGGAUGCCUAAUAGACAUUGUUCGCCCCUUCUAUGAAGUGCCAGUGUCGAGUGAGGGCAUCAAGCGACUUAUUACAUACAGUCUUCUGGCUGAUGGAUAUUUGUUGGAUUGUGUAUUUAAUACUGCUGGAUUCCGAGGUGUUCCCGGUUUCAUCAUAAUAAUCAUCUUCUGGAUUCUGAAGUGGCUAGCAGUGUUAUGCAGGUUCAUGUUGGCACCACUGGCUGUGUUGAUUUUCCUAGCCUACAAGUGUUGGAAAACAAGAAUAACAAUCGAUGCGGUUGAGAAGUUCCUCCGAAUGCAGCAAAUGAUUGGUCCGACGAGGUACGCCUACACUGACAUCACAGCUGUUACAAGCCAUUUCAGAGAUAAGCUGGGCCAGGGAGGCUACGGCUCUGUGUUUAAGGGUGUGUUGUUGCCAGGCAAUGUUCACGUCGCGGUCAAGAUGCUAGACGGUAACUCCAAUUGUAAUGGAGAGGAUUUUAUCAGUGAAGUUUCAACCAUUGGCAGGAUCCACCAUGUUAAUGUGGUGCGUUUACUGGGUUUUUGCCCGGAGGAAAUGAGACAAGCGCUCAUCUACGAGUACAUGCCUCGAGGUUCUCUCGACAAGUACAUCUUCUCAGCUGAGAGGAGUUUUUCUUGGGAUAAGCUUGCCGAGAUCGCUUUGGGCAUAGCCAGGGGCAUCGACUACCUGCAUCAGGGCUGCGAGAUGCAAAUUCUCCACUUCGACAUCAAGCCCCACAACAUUCUUCUCGACAACAAUUUUGUCCCAAAAGUAGCUGACUUCGGUCUCGCCAAGCUGUACCCAAGGGAUAAGAGUUUUGUGCCAUCGAGAGCCCUACGGGGAACUGUUGGGUACAUAGCUCCUGAGAUGAUAUCUCGGAGCUUUGGCGUCAUAUCAAGCAAGUCUGAUGUUUACAGCUUUGGGAUGCUGUUGCUGGAGAUGGCUGGAGGAAGAAGGAACGCCGAUUCUAAUGUGGCAAACUCAAGCCAACCAUACUACCCAUCGUGGGUGUAUGACCAGCUAACUCAACAAGACAAUAUUGGUGAGAUAUCUGCUCAUGUUGAUACUGUGAUGCACGAACUGGAGAGGAAGCUAUGUAUUGUUGGACUUUGGUGCAUUCAGAUGAAGUCUCAUGAUAGGCCAACGAUGAGUGAGGUUAUAGAUAUGCUCGAAGGUAGCGUCGAUGCAUUGCAGAUGCCUUCCAGGCCAUUCUUCUGUGAUGAAGGGCACACCCAUACCGAGUGUACUUACCACUUGUCGUCCGAGUUGACUGAAAUCUGUGAGGAGGAUAUGAGUGAAAAUAUUGGUGUGUGACGAAAUGUACGAUGAAGUGAUGCACUUACCUCACGAGGAAACAAAAUUGUGGAUGUAGUUAUAUCAAGUAGUAUGAAAUAAUCUGAUGUGUUUCCUAUGUUGUGUACUCCUGGUAUGUUGAGGCCAUCUUGUAUAUAUGAUGUUUUGCUUCA